AUGAUCACCGCCACCGCCAGAGUCCACCAGCACCGCACCGCGGCCUCCACAGGGCCCUCUCCGCCAGAGGGAGACGACGGCGCUGGCCGCUUGGCCUCCGCUGGAGGAGGGCCAAGCGGCCGCCGCUCGGCGCGCGCGAGCGUGACGGAAACCUGGGAGCCGUCGGACUCCCGUCUCUCGGCUCGAAGGGGGCACCGGGUACUCGACCAGACGACCCAAGUCGUCCGUUUGAAUGUUUUGGGUUCGAUUAAUCGAGCUGAUUGGAAUGGAUCGAUUUUGCAUGACUGGUCGUCCCAGCCGUGGCUCGUUCGGACCGCAGGGAACCGGGGAGGCCCUUGGCGUGGUCGUGAUGAUGAUGACGACUGUGAUGAUGAUGACGACUGUGAUGAUGAUGACGACUGUGAUGAUGAUGACGACUGUGAUGAUGAUGACGACUGUGAUGAUGACUGUGAUGAUGACGACUGUGAUGAUGAUGACUGUGAUGAUGACGACUGUGAUGAUGACGACUGUGAUGAUGAUGACGACUGUGAUGAUGAUGACUGUGGUGAUGACGACUGUGAUGAUGAUGAUGAUGAUGAUGACUGUGAUGAUGACGACUGUGGUGAUGACUGUGAUGAUGAUGACUGUGAUGAUGAUUGUGAUGAUGACGACUGUGAUGAUGAUGACGACUGUGAUGAUGACUGUGAUGAUGACUGUGAUGAUGACGACUGUGAUGAUGAUGACUGUGAUGAUGACGACUGUGAUGAUGACGACUGUGAUGAUGACGACUGUGAUGAUGAUGACGACUGUGAUGAUGAUGACGACUGUGGUGAUGACGACUGUGAUGAUGAUGACUGUGGUGAUGACGACUGUGAUGAUGAUGACGACUGUGAUGAUGAUGACUGUGAUGAUGACGACUGUGAUGAUGAUGACGACUGUGAUGAUGAUGACGACUGUGGUGAUGACGACUGUGGUGAUGACGACUGUGAUGAUGAUGAUGACUGUGAUGAUGACGACUGUGAUGAUGAUGACGACUGUGGUGAUGACGACUGUGAUGAUGAUGAUGACUGU